CCGGAAGUCGUAGUGCUAAGACGCUCUUGGCGUCUGCUCCAAGCCUCCAUAGGCAAAGAAUAAACAACAACAACAAUUUGGACUUUGAAAUUAGAACUUGUAAUUGUAUAGAAAGUGUUCAAACAGACGUUUAUUGUUAGUUUGGUUACGAUAUAAUUAUCAUCAGAGAUAGACAUGGAGAAUUUGGAUGUAGAUGCACUGUUCACAUCAGAUUCAGAAAAGACGUUUCAGUAUGACAGUAGUCUACCAAGUCUACCAGUCCCUUCCCUUCAACACACUCUGGACAGAUAUCUCGACUCAGUUCGGCCGCAUGUGACAGAUGCUGAAUUCAGGCAGACAGAAUUCCUUGUGCAGCAAUUUGCUUCUGGCGUUGGCAAAGACCUUCAUAAACAACUUGUUGAGCGGGCCAACAAGCAUAGAAAUUGGCUGGAGCAAUGGUGGUUUGACUAUGCGUAUCUGGACUUUAGACUCCCCAUUGACCCCUAUAUCAACUUUGCUGGGCCCGGACCCUACAUGCAUCACUUCCUCCCGCCACGACCCGGAACCCAGGUUGAAAGAGCUGCCCUGUUGACGCACUUUUGUCUGAGGUUCUGGAGCCACCUUAGGAAGGAGAGGGUGAAAGCAGACAAAGACAGCAGGGGACAGCAUCUGACUAUGGACCAGUUUCGUAGGCUGUUUAGUACCUGCAGAAUACCUGCAGUGCAGAGGGAUCAUCUGGCUACAUACUUCAAAACAGAGUCUGAAGGGAAGGCUCCCACUAACAUCGUGGUGCUGUGCGGUGGUCGGAUAUUCAACAUGACUGUGAUUGACGAUAGCGGUGAGCCCCUAACAGCUCUAGAACUGCAGGCCCAGUUCCAACGAGUCAGGGAUCAUUGUGACCGAGAACCAGAGGGGCCAGGGAUAGGUGCCCUUACUGGGGAUAAUAGGACCUCGUGGGCACAGAUACGGAGUCGCCUUCAGGCCCUACACCCUGACAACUACCACAAUCUGGAUGCAAUUCAGCGCAGUAUCAUGUGUGUGGUCCUAGAUGACAGUUCACCCAAAGAUGAGACGGAGAUGUGUCAGAUAGCACUGGCAGGUGACUCCAGGAACCGAUGGUUCGACAAGUCUCUGACCAUGAUUUACUACAAAAACGGCCUGGCUGCAUCAAACUGUGAUCAUACCCCUAUGGAUGCCAUGGUUUUGGUGGUCUGUGUAUAUUACUGUCAUCUCCAGGUGACUAAAUGUAAAGGAAAUUGGCAGGGCAGUCAGGAGGUCCGUUCCCUUGACCCACCGAGGGAAUUGGUGUUUAUCAUUGACGAUGUCAUUACCAGCGGUAUAAGCAAUGCAAUCCAGGUCUACAGUAUGAUUGCCAACAAUCUACAAUGUUGCUGUAUGACAUUCACGUUGUAUGGGAAGAAGUUCCUUCGGUCCCUGAAGCUUCACCCCGACACGCAUGUCCAGAUAGCUCUCCAGUACGCCUACAUCAAACGUCAUGGGCGCCCAGCACCCACCUACCAGACAGCAACGACGCGCAAGUUUUACAACGCCCGCACAGAGACCCACAGGUCAUGCACCCUUGAGUCAGUGCAGUUUGCCAGGGCAAUGCUGGAUAAGAGUGUCGGGGUGGAAACCAAGGCUGCUCUGUACCGCCAGGCCGCUGCCAGACACAACCAGCUCAUGGCUGAGGCAACAGAAAACCAAGGCUGUGAUCGGCACAUGUUUGGGAUGCAGAUUCUCGCUAUGGAGCAGGGACUUCCUAUGCCUCUCGUAUACACAGACCCAUCCUAUACCAAGAGUGGAGGUGGUGGUAACUUUGUCUUGUCAACGAGUUUUGUAGGCUACACUCCAGUAUAUGGUGGUGUUGUUCCAAUGGUGGAACACGGCUAUGGCUCUUUCUACAUAAUAGAGCCCACAUUGAUAACCACAUUCGUCUCUGCCUGGAAGUCCUGUUCAGAGACUGAUGCGGUCGAGUUUAACCGCACCGUGCACGAGUGUCUCGUAGAAAUGGGCGAAGUAUUGAAGGCCAGCGCUGGAGUAGCAAGACUGUGAACCGGUUUAUCCCUAAUUAACUGGGUGCUUUAGUGGGCAUUUUUUAUGAGUAUAUUAUUAGGUACUUGAUUGUAUGCAAAUAAAAUGUUUGUGUGUGUGACUCGUGUAAUAAAAAAUAAUUAUACAUGUUUAUGAAUGAAGUUUUAGGCGCAAUUUUAAUGGUUCCACUUAUAAAUGUAUCAAAUCCAUAUUUUGUCAAUAACCUUUUAUUUUUCAUUAAAAUUCUAUAAAAAUAGUUGCAAUGCAUGAUUAUUACAGCAUUCUAUUUUUUUUUUUUAGAUAAUAUUUACCAUACGAUUGACAGAUGAUUAAAAACAUUUCAUUAUUUGGGUAAAUAUUCAAAAGAUGUUAAUUUAAUUUCUUUCCCAUUCUUUAAGGUGUUCCAUUUAUAUAAAAUAAAUGCAGUACUAGUAGUAUUUUCCAUCCAAAUAGAAAACGGUGAAUUUAAGAUCCUGAACUUGAUAUUUGUAAAAAUGUUUUGUUGUUUACACAUUUCUUUAUUAUAAGACAUUUAAUUGUUUAUAUUUCUUAAUUGAUUUUGUAAGUGCCCUUUGCCUGUGUUUGACAUUUUAGUUCAUUUAUACAGAAAAAUCACUGUCGUUUUUAAAUAACUGAAAUAUAUUUUGUGGUCCUGAUUAUUGUUACUAUGUAUGACCUAAAAUCAUUGUUAAAAUUAUAUGCUGUAAAUAUUAGUUAAUACCAAUAGUGUGAAGAUUGAUAAUUUAUUCAUAAGCAAAUAGGGCCAAUAAAGUGUCAAAUCAUAUGAGCUUUUUAACUCAGCGAGUACUGGUACCAUCCUGAGAUACGUAGUGGAGUUUGUUUCAUUGAGCACACUUUUUUAACAUUCACAUUGUUUAUCAAUAGGAAUCAUUAACUGUUUUUUAAGUUAAACUUAUUUAACUAUAUCAGUUGUAUUUGUAAAUCUUACGUUCUGUACUUUCUAAAUGAUUUUUUGUGUCAACCUUUUUAAUCAAUGCAAACAUUUACAAAUUAUAUUACUAUUCCUUAUUAUAAUGUCAGAUAUAUGUUUACACAUUUAUGAAAGCAAUGCUGUUCAAUGUUUAAUAAACUGCCAUUUUACUAGCUAAAGUUGCUGCAAUCACUUUCAGUAAAAUGCACAAUUAAUAUUAUUUCAAUGACAUAUUUAUAUCGUUCUCCGCUCACAACAAGUUAAGUUUCUUUAAGAUUGAUCUCAGCCGAGAAACGUUACUACCUAGCUAAGAAGGUAAAGCACUUGACAUCAGCACUGAUCGUUGGUUCAAUACGCAGCAGUGCCAUAUAACUUGUCUAUGGAUUGUUCAUGUAAUUGUUUAUACAGGCAUUCUACCUCUACCACUGAUUCAAGUCGGACAAUUCGCAGCUAUUGACAUACGUUUGUUCACUUAGUACUAGUCAACCAGCUAACCUAGGAAAAGUGCGAGCAGCUUAACUGACUGCAGCAAUAAUACUAACAUUCCAUGGAAUAUGCCAAAGUCAAAAAGUUACAAAAUGUAUAAGCAUAGUUUUCAGUAUUGAAAUUAUGAGCAGGCAACUUUAUACUGGCACUUAAAGAAAGGUCAUGUUUCUCCUUUGAUUCAUCUAAUUACUCAGUCAUGUUGUGCCAUUCUGAUUGUUCAGUAAAUGAUUAUUUAAUAUAUCUGUUUGAAGAUUCAUGUUCAGCAAUACCAAUGCAACUUUUUAUUUUUAAUGUGGGUUUUUAAUACUAUUUAUAUGAAUAAUCAGGUUUAUUUGCUGCAUUUGCUUCAAACUUGAAAUUACAUGUGUGUAGACAUUUCUUUCGACUAAUAAUGGGUCAACAAUUUCAACUUAAAAGUAUUUUAUGACUAUUUAUAAUGUUUAGUUUAGUUGUGAUUUUUGUUGAUGUUUGCUUCAUGUAUGUUUAUUAUGAUUUUCUUGUAAUGUUGAUCAAUUUCAUGAUCCUAAAUACUGUAAAUUGUAUUCAAUACAGUAUUAAAUUCAUUUAAAUCAUGUGCAACUUAUAACCGAAGAUUUCUUACAUUAUAAAGACUGUGGGUUUGUUUACAAAUUAUUAUUGUCAUAUCUUUGUUUUGAAUUGUGAUUAUAUGUUUGCCAUUUAAUUUUAAACAGAUUUUAAUAAAUUUGAUUUUAUGUA